AUGUCGUGUGCAUCAGAAGUCCAAGCUCAACUCUUCACGCAUCCAGUUCAAAUUAUUUAUGCUUGUGUUCAAACAGUUUUAUUCUUAGCAACUAUCAUCGGAUCCCUAUUAGCUAUUGUGCAACUUUGCAAGAAAACAACGAUUCCAGAUUCUACUAAAGUUCUUUUAAUAGGCGCUUUAUUUUUUGCCAAUGCUCAUGAACUUGCAUAUUUUAGUUCGCCGUUCAAAGUAUUCAAAAUGAAUUUAUUUCAUACAAAUACAUCAUGUUAUCCGUUAGCCAGCACGCUGGAAUGUAUCCCAACGACCACAGUUCUGGCCAUGGGAAUUUCUGGAAAUAUGUUGAUUCAAUCCGCAUUGAGCGUUGAUCGGUUCGUGAGAAAAAUGAGAGCUCUUCCGGGAGUGGUUCUUCUUUUCAUGGUGCUGAUCCCAUCAUUUCUCUCCUAUUCAUGGAUCCGUUCGGAUAUCGUUUUGGACGAUUAUCAAAUGUUUUGCUCCCAAUGGUCAGCUAAUAUAAGUUCUCGUGCAAACACUUACUUGGAAUAUUGUUCAUAUUUAACAGUUGCACAUAUUAUCAUAAAUGCAUUGAUCAUUCUCAGAAAUCGAUCUGUGGAGAGCAAAUGUCGAUUUGAUGUUCAACAAAGAUAUUUGAAUUCUGAAACUUUGAAGACAACACAAACAAUUUGCUAUCUAUCCAUUGCUCAGUUUCUAGCAAUGUUCUUGUAUUCUGGAGGCGUUCUUUUUAUGAGAAAAAAUCAGAAAAACAUUCCAACUUUGAUCUAUAUCAAUGUCAUUGUUUGGGUCUAUGCUCCUCCGUAUGCUUGCGUAUCUCUAGCUCCUCUCAUUCUCUUCUCUCUUUGGAAUCUUAAAAAACAACGACAAAUCAGAAUUCAGUCGAUAACAGUUCAAAAAGAAACACAAGAAGAUCACAUCCGAAAACUUCAGCUUUCCUGG